GAUAAACUUGAUAAAGAAAAAAUUCGAGAAAUAUUUGGUCGUUUAAAUGGUAAAAUAACAGUUCAAGCAAAUGAAUUAAGAGCACAAGAAGUUAAAUUAAAGACUUAUGAAAAAGAACUGACACGAAAACAAGAAUUACGUAUUCAAUAUGAUCAAUUAGUUCAUAAAAGUCAAUCACUUGAAAAAGAAAUAAGAAUAACAAAAGAACGAGUAGAUCGAGCAGAUACACUUGAAGAUACAAUGCGGUAUCAAGAACGUGUUAUUGAAAAACUUCAAGCAAUGAUUAGUAAUUAUAUGAGACAAAAACGUUCAGAUGGAACAAUUAAUGAUAUUGAUCGAACUUUAUUAACUGAACACGCUGCACUUGGUGUAGAAACAAAAAGAUUUCGAUACCAAGGAGCACAACAGGGACAAUCUACUGUAUUGGUCAAUAAUAGUCAGCAAGAUCUUGUAACACAAACUCAAGCUCGUCAAAUAGAACUUGAACAACAAAAUUUAGCAUUUCAGAAAGAAUUAGAUGAUUUAGGUGUUGAAUUUGAUGAAAAAGCUGAAUUAUGGAAAAGAGAGAAAGCUGAACUUCUUAAUCAUAUUGAUAGUAUCGAUAAACCAGAGCAUGCGGAUCCGGAUGCACAAUGA